AUGGACGCAAUCGAAGUGGAGCUGUCGCCGGGUAGCGCGGUGAAAUUCACUCAUGCUUACGCUGAGCACCGCGUUGCAGGCGCGGACGAAGGAACGGAUUGCCUUUCUCGCGAUCAGUACUACUGCAACUACGGAAACCGUCCAAUUACUCUUCCGAAGUCCUUCUGUGCAUCGGCUACUUCCCCAAGCGCAACGGUGAGCACCGCAGCUGACGACCUGCAUGAGGCUGACACAUCCUCUAUCCCUUCUCCACUGCUGCUAGAGAUGCAGCUGGACACAAUCCUGCGCGGAGACUGCAGCAGCGAGAGGGGCGGAAGCCUGGCAGGAUGUUCCUGCAACAGCAGCAGCGCCGUGCAGCAGACAGCUCUGCGGAAUUGUAUGGCUGAACCGCGCGUGACCAAGCCCAGCUCUUCCACAUUGCAUUCCUCCACCGAGCUCACCGGAGAGGCGGCCUCCUCUCCGUUGCACUACUGUUCCACAAAGCCUCAUCAUACGGGUCCGGGUUGCACCCUCUCACUGCGACCUCCUCCGCUACUGUCAUACGUAACGUGCCGCAGUCACACCAAGACAGGAUCGUCUGCACCUAGACGUGUCCCUUUAGUGUCCGCUGCAGUUCCUGCGCCGCCUGUACCCUUCAGGGUUCCAGAAGACGCCAGCGAAACACGUCCCCCGAUGUCGGCUUCUCCAUCGUGCCUGCCCCGUGGACGACGUGCCGCCAUGCAAGAAAGCAUUGCCCGCUUCCUGAACGUGGAGGAGGCAAUGGCCUCAGAUACCAGCAGCGCUGUCUACUCAACUUCCACGAGUUGCUCGCCAAUCUGCGAGCCCUUCGUGGCUACCGUCGCCUCCGCCGCGUCCCCAUCGUUGCCGCGCGCUUCGGCGCGAGAAGAGAACAAUAAAAAGCACCACGCGGCUGAUUUGCCACUCAAGACGGCAGCGAUGGGUAACCGACGUCCGCAUAUGGCCCUCUUCGCACCCCUUCCGGUGAAUCAAACCCGCACCGCCACUUCCAGAGCUCACGCCUCGAAGGCGACAGUCUCCACUACCUCUCCCAUUAGCUGCGUAGGUAGCGUAGGGAAUGCUCAGAGGGAUGGGUGCACCACUCUCGUAGCUACGUCUGACGUCAUUGCGAAGGCUGAACUGACACAAUUACCAUCGUCAUCAGGGGAGUCGGCGAGAAAGUCAGCCAAUUUCUCGCUACUGCCUUACACGGAUUCAGCAACGCUGGCGUCUUUUGAUGCCGCCGCUGGAAUGUCUGCUGAGGGCCCCCUCGGUGCGGUGGAGGUGCGCGUCUAUGACAAGGCUACAGUUACAGUGACUUGCGUUGCGUGCCAGCUAUCAAUCAAUGUCUUUGCCCUCCUCCUUGCUGGCACUGAGUUGCCCGAUGUCUGCUAUUGCCCUUUGUGUGGGAGUCGGUGCAAGUGGACAGCGUGCACUGAUGCCGUGUAG